UCGUCGCGACGCAUCUGAGCUGAGCAACCACCAAGCGACGGCAAACGGCAAGCAACAAACGGAACGGAAAUAUCCCACUCCAUGCGUUGGCGUCGCAGCCGGCGCGGGCAGUGACAGCGGCAGAGCGACAGCGACGACGCUUUUGCUCGCGUGCAGCGCUCGCUAUGGUUUCAGUUCGUUUUCGCACGCUGUUCGCAACGAACGGCUCAUCUCUCACACACACAAAAACAACAAGCAGCAAAGAACCAAAGAGACACGACACGGACGCAGGCAGCGUAGAGUAACAGCGUAGAGGCGUUUACAGUUUACUUACAGUUAAGCGUUGCCUUUGGCCCGAGCCGAAUCAAAAGCUAAAGAGUGAAACCCCAUCGUCCAGUCCAUCGUUUAAACAGUUUUACCUUACCAUUCGAUUCGAUUCGAUAUCUCCCGUGCGUGUUGUUUUUAUCAUCAAACGUUGGAUUCGAACGUUCGUUCGCGUGAUCGUACAUACAUACAUACAUGCAAAUAUUGUUUUUUAUUGUGUCCUAACUGUAACUUUAACUGUGCCGGCAAUGACCGUUCUGCGAGUGCAAUAAGACCCUUCUCUGCCCCUCUCCAGAACAGUUGCCGAAAGAGUGUGACCAAAAAGAGAGACAAAGAGAAAAGCCGUCGGCAAAAUGCAGGCCACCAAAAUGCGUACCCCCUUUGCCAUCCAGGAGAUCCUAGGCCUUGGCGUUGGAGCAGCCGCCUACCAGCAGCAGCAGCAGCAGCAACAACAACAACAGCAGCAGCAGCAUCAGCAGGUGGCCGCCGCUGCAGCCACGCCCAGCUCCACAGAGGCGCCACUAUCGCCGGCCGCCACACCGCCGCCCCGCAAUGCCAACACACCAGCCAGCGCCGCCUCAGGCGCCUCCGGACUGCAGCAGCAGCAGCAACAGCUGCAACAGCAACAACUGCAACAGCAACAGAUCUCCCAGGAGGCGGCCGUGCGGGAUUCGCGCUCCCUCUCCCCAGACGUGACACGACUAUCGGCCGCUGCGGCCGCAGCAGCCGCUGCCGCCGCCCACUGCCAGCUGCCGGUGUUCAAUCCGGCCAACUUUUACGCGGCCGCUGGCUAUGCUGCCGCCGCGGAUCCCUCCAAUGCGGCUGCGGCCCACCACCACCACAUGACCACCCUGGCGGCGGCGGCCUAUCUGCGAGGCUUCCUGCCGCCCGGCUUCAGUACGCCGCACGAGUUCCGAGGCCACUUCCAGCAGCAUUUUGGAGCCCAAUUCGCAGAACAAGCGGCCGCACGUGGUCAGGAGUACGCCAGCAGCCUGGCCAACGCCAGCGGAGAUGAGCAGUCGCCCAGCAAGGCCGGAGGCAGUGCAGGAUCAGGCGCCGCCCCGGGCAACGGCAACGGCAGUGGUAGCAACAGCAACGGGCAUCUGGGCUCACCUCCCAGCAGCAAUGGACCUGGUGGGGAGGCCGCCCGUGGUAGCUCCGCCGGAUCAGGUGGCUCUGGAUCGACCCUGGCCAGCGCCUCUGCCUCGGCUGCAGUGGCAGCCUCCGCCAGUCGUUCCUCGCCCGCCAGUGGCGGCCACCAUCAUGCCGCCCUGGCUGCCCAUCAGCAUGCGGCAGCCGCUGCUGCUGCGGCCCAUCAUCAUGCCGCCGCUGCGGCUGCCGCCCACCAUGCACACCACGCCCAUGCCGCCCACCACGGCCACCCCCACUUGCAUGCCCAUGCCGCCCAUCAUGCAGAGGCAGCCGCCUUCCUGGGCGCGGCCGGAGGAGCUGGCGGCAAUCCCAACAGUCUCCUGGCCGGCCAUGGCGGCGAUGUGCUGGUGGGACCCGGCGGUACCGGGCCCGGUGGCAAAAAGAAGAACAAACGCCGACACGGUCGGACCAUCUUCACCAGCAGCCAGCUGGAGGAGCUGGAGAAGGCCUUCAAGGAGGCCCACUAUCCGGAUGUGAGUGCCCGCGAGCUGCUCUCCAUGAAAACGGGCCUCGCCGAGGAUCGCAUACAGGUUUGGUACCAGAACCGGCGGGCCAAGUGGCGCAAGACGGAGAAGUGCUGGGGCCACAGCACAAAGAUGGCCGAGUACGGCCUAUAUGGGGCGAUGGUGCGCCACUCGCUUCCGCUGCCGGAGACAAUCAUCAAGUCGGCGAAGGAGGACGAGUCGGUCGCCCCCUGGCUGCUUGGGAUGCACAAGAAGUCGCUGGAGGCCGCCGAGCUGCUAAAGAGCGACGAGAGCGACCGGGAGACGCCCACUUCGGACGACACCAACACCAGCUACUCGGCUGGCAGCACCCACAACUCACCCAUCUCCAGCUUCUCCAUCUCGCGGCUCCUCUUCGACGCCCCGCCGCCCGCCACGGGCAAGCCGACCGCUGCCGCCCAUCAUCACCAUCACCACCACCACCAUGGUGGAGAGGCAGCCGCCGCCGCCGCUGCUGCCGCUGCCAUGCACGCGGGCAUGGCCCAGCAGCACCACCACGCGCACGCCCACUCCCAGCCGCAUCACGCACAGCCGGCCGGAGCGUCGGGAGCGGGCACCGGGGGCCAGCACCAGCACCACCCUUACAACCAGCAGCAGCACCUGCACCACCUGCAGCAGCUGCAACAGCAGCAGCAGCAGCACCACCAGCAACAGCAGCAGCAACUGGCCGAGCGGGAAAGGGAGAGGGAGCGCGAACGGGAGCGCCAGCAACAGCAGGCGGUGCAGCACGCCAUGCACAUGCACCACCACGGCCCCGCAGGCUAUGCUGAGGCAGCAGUGGCUGCUGCCGCCGCUGCUGCUGCUGUGGCAGCCGCUGCCAAUGCCAGGAACGCGGCCGCCGCAGCCGCUGCCUCCGCGGCCGUGACCGUUGCCGAGUCAGAGGAGGAUCCGGACGAGGACGAGGAGAUGGACAAGGAUUGCGACCCGGAGAUCGAUGGCGAUAUGGAGGUCGCUGGCGACGCGGACGGGGAUGCCGAUUGCGAUGGCGAUGGCGAGAUCGACAUCUGUGACGACCACGAUGACGAGGUGCACAUGCACGAGCAGCUCCUGCUGAAGGUCAAGCAGGAGCAGGCCGCGGGCGGCUCCGCCAGAUGAAACAUGUACAUCGAUGUGUUGUUCUAAUUCUCAAACAACGAACAACGAAGCGCAAUGGGAACGCCCCGGAGGUAUGCCUCCGGGCGUGGCAAUGAACCCUUUUCUAAGCAUAAUCUAAUGGCAUUAUUCAUAAACUUAAACGUAAAUAAAAACGGAACAAAAACAUUUUUUUUCAUAGACCUAAGACCUAAGCACCCAUUACCCAUAAAUACGAGUAAAUCGUACGAUCGUACGAUCGUAAAUGCAUAGAUACUAAAUAGUACCAUAUUCAAUGGAAUUUUUUUUGUCCUUUUUUUUCGAGAAUGUAAAUAUUUAAGUAUUAAAUUAUUGGAGAAGAACGAACCGAACCGAACCGACCCGGAACCCAUUCGGAGCGGAGGCACGCCAGAUGCUACGAUUUGCAAAAUUUCUAAAAUACGCUAAAUGUGAUUUAAUUUAGUUAUCGAUUCUGAACAAGGCUUUUUAUCGUUUAAGAUCAAUUUUUUUUCUUCGAAA